AUGGCGGUGGAAAUCCGGUUCAAAAGGAAGAAGAUCCGGGAGAAAAUCAAUACAUGUGGCGUUUUUGACCCCACUGGCGAGGAUGCCAAUAUAAUCGGGUCGCGAUCGAACGACUCGUGCAUUGAUAACCCGCCGCGUAUUCUUGCCUGUUCAGGCCACAUGCAAACAAUCGCGGUGAUGUUUGUAGGGAUUUUGCACGGAGUCACCAGCCGUGGUCUCGGGCAAUCUAGAGCUUCAUCCGAGGCAGUUCUGUCGCCCAGGGCGUAUCCGCCAAGCCUGACAUACAAACGCAGGGACUGGGAGCCAAAUGAUGGAUUGCGAUGGCCCGGACAACCCAAGCUCAACGACGUGCAAGAAGAUGUGAUUAUUAAAGGUCGAGUCAGAGGGAUGAGUCAAAAGGCGGACUUUCCAAGUGAGAUAUACGAGAUCGAGAGCUCUCGCCGUCUUGAAGUACUCCACCCCUUUUCGGUGCGGAUGGCCCGAUCCGCCGGCGAUUUCGAGAGGGCAGUCGAAACUGGGAUCCCUGUUAUGCUCUCCACUUCAAUAGUUUAUAUGUAUUAG